AUGGCAGAGUCCGCUGACUUAUCUGUGCUUAACCCGCACCCAACACUAUUGGCUGGUCCAGAUCUCCUGCAUCGUCUAAUCAGGGAAUCGAGCGACUCAAUAGCUCUGGACUACCUAGGAAGGAAUAAGCGUCUAUCGCUGUCUUAUCGCCAGCUUCAUGAUGCGGCGGAUGCCCUUGCAAGCCGCAUAUGUCGUGCUGUUGGAGAAGUCAAAGACCAGUUUGUGGUUCCCGUUCUGAUUCAUCAGUCGCCCCAGCUGUAUAUAGCCUUGUUAGCUAUUCUGAAAGCUGGAGGCGCAUUCUGUCCCAUCAAUGUCGAUGCUCCUCCAGAUCGGGUCAAAUUCAUUCUCGGCGAUGUUGCUGCGACUGUUGUUGUGGCGGCCAAGGAGCUCGCCUCCAAUGUACCUUCAUCGAGCACCGUAAAUGUGCUUCUAGCUGAUGAAGGAGAGGAAGGGCCUUAUUUAGAUGCGGAAUCUGUGAGUCGGCGUGACCUAAGCACGGAAGAUUUAGCAUAUGUCAUGUAUACUUCUGGUUCGACAGGCGUUCCAAAGGGCGUUGGCAUAUCGCAUUCUGCAGUAACACAGGCGUUGUUAGCCCAUGAUCAACAUGUGCCUGAAUUCUCUCGCUUUCUUCAAUUUGCCGCACCCACUUUUGAUGUCUCGGUAUUCGAGAUAUUCUUCCCCCUAUUUCGAGGGAGUACAUUGGUUAGUGUCGACCGAAAGGAGAUGUUGAACGAUCUCCCGGCAGCCAUCUCAGAAAUGAAUGUGGAUGCCUGUGAGCUGACACCGACUGUUGCGGCCAGUCUGUUGCGGACAAGAGACAAUGUCCCGACAUUACGGCUGCUAUUGACAAUUGGAGAGAUGCUCAAUGAGCCUGUAAUACGAGAAUUCGGCGGAAACGAGGAGAGAGAGAGCCUGCUAUGGGCCAUGUACGGGCCAACAGAAGCCACCAUCCACUGCACUGUACAAGAACAUUUUACCUCUACAUCGUCAAUAAAAAACAUUGGUAUCCCGCUGUCCACAGUAUCAUGUUUUAUAGUCGAGCCUGCAGAAUCCGCAGACACGAGCAGAAUUGUCAAAAUCUUGCCUAAAGGAGAAGUUGGCGAAUUGGCAGUCGGUGGACAUCAACUUGCCCAUGGAUAUCUAAAUCGGCAAGAACAGACUGCUUCCUCGUUUAUAUCUUCGCCAUAUGGCCGAAUCUACAGGACUGGGGACAAAGCGCGGAUCGUCAGUGACGGAACAAUAGAAAUUAGUGGGCGCUUAUCUGAAGGGCAGGUAAAGCUUCGAGGUCAGAGACUUGAGUUGGGCGAAGUACAAUCUGCUGUGCUGAAAACCCCCGGUUGCCAUUUGGCUGUUGCAGCAGUGGUUGACUCCAUCUUGAUUGUCUUUUGCGUUGUUGAUCUUGGCGUUACGGAAGACUUGAUAAUGGAACAUUGUCGGAGCUGGCUCCCACAGUUCAUGAUACCGGGAGAACUGGUACUGAUGGAUGAAUUUCCUCGACUGCCGAGUGGUAAAGUUGACACGAAGAAGUUGAAGGCAGAUUUUGCUGAACAGAGAGCGGCGGCCAUGAUAGAUGGCAAUGAUUCUACAAUCCGUUUAUCUGAUGCAGAAAAGGCGGUUAUGAGCAUCGUGUCAAGUACUUUGGGCGAUGAAAUAAGGCCUAGUAUGACUAUGGCUUCGGCAGGUGUAGAUUCUUUGGCUGCAAUCAAACUGGCAUCGUCGCUUCGGUCGGCUGGAUAUGAUGCAGUUGUGGUAGAACUGCUGAGCAUGCAAACAAUAGCACAUCUGUGUUCCCGACUACGCCCUUUAUCACUAUCUCUUGAUAAAGAGUCCGACUUGAGCGAUAUCCAUUUGGUUAGCAGCUUGGGCUCGAUCGUUGAGAGCAAUCCUGACAUACAAGAGAGCCUGGAGCUUGUGCAAGAUGUGCUUCUGUGCAGCCCGCUCCAAGAGGCUAUGUUGUUAGAAACAGCACGGCGCCUGGACGCUUAUUGGAAUGAGAUUGAGCUGGAAGUAAAUCCUGGAAUUACUGCAGCAGCAAUAGAAGAUGCCAUUCAUCUGCUUGCUCAGCAAAGAGAUGUUUUGCGGUCAGGCUUUGUUGGCUGGCAAGGAAGUUUUAUAUCGCUCAUAUUUGAAUCUUUGCGGCCUGGCCAAGUACAAAUUGUCGAAGAAUUCUAUCGACCAGAGAUAUUUCGAGAUGAAGCACUCCUUCAGCCGCUUCGGAUACAGAUUCAGUCCGCUCAGGCUGAAAAGGGACCACGCAUUCUGAUUUAUAUCCAUCAUGCUAUUUAUGAUGGCUGGUCAAUGGACAUUAUACUUUCGGACUUAUCUGAUCUGUUGUGCGAGAGACCCUUGCCUCAUCGACCGCAGUUUUCAAGCCUCCUCAUUUAUAUGCACAAUAUUCCAAGAAGCCAGCUGGAUGCCGCAAGGUCGUUUUGGGCCGAGUAUCUUCUUGAUAUGAAUAAGCCUAGCCGUCCAAAAUUGAGCUCUCGGCCAGCCGAGAUGGAUGAGAUAUUAUCUGUCAAGGAGCAGAUCAAUCUCUCCAGCCUGGCUGGAUACGCCUUUAUCAACGCGGGUUAUGGCGCACAGGUGUACUUCCAAGCGGCUCUUGCAAUCAUGUGGGGGAGCAUUUCAGGCACGUCAGAUGUCCUGCUAGGCUCAGUCACGUCUGGGAGGACAAUUACUGUCGAAAAUAUUGAAGACAUUGUUGGGCCGAGCAUAGCAUCGCUGCCUCUACGAGUGAAAAUGGAUUCUUCAACGACAAUAUCUGACGUUUUGAGGGAUAUCAACGUGAGCAACCAUAAGAUUAUGGAGCAUUGCAUAUUGUCAUUAUCAGAGAUUAAGAAGAUUUCUAGGCUGCAGGCGGCUGAAAGUUUAUACGACGUGCUGUUUGUUUACCAAAAAUCACUCUACACAAUGGAUCGCAAAGAGGCAAUCAUCCGGGAAACUCGACAUCUAGACCGGCUGGAAACAAAGUUGCUGCUGGAGGUUGAGCCAAAUGACUCUGGAUUUUCAAUACAAGCUACGCAUCAUACUGAUACCUUCCCAUCUGAUGUUGUGGAAACGUUGGCCAGGCAAAUGAAAGCGGUUGUUCAGUAUAUAAUGCUGCAUCCUGAUGGGUUGAUCAGUGAACUGCAAGAAGCUAUAGAUAUUGAGCCGUCUGUUGCAAAUACAGAUCCCGAAAAGCUACAAGAAGAGACAGACCUAGCUUUAUUGUUUGAAGCGGUAGCCGCGAAGAACCCCAGCGCAGAUGCCAUCUGUUUCAGCAGGUCAUUGUCAGAUGUUCCAUUAUCUGACGAAACCUUGUCAUAUGAGACCUUGAAUCAACUUUCCAAUCAAAUCGCUCGCUACUUACUCGAGGAAGGCGCGGAACCAGGUCAAGUUAUUGGAAUUAUCAUACAAAAAUCACCUCUUCUAUACUCUUCGAUUUUGGGGAUCGUCAAAGCUAGGUGCGCGUAUCUGCCUCUUUUACCAUCCACACCAAUCGAGAGAGUGAAGGAGGUUUUCGAAACUGGAGGCAUACAGCACUGCGUCGUGGAUGAAGAGUCGCUGCGCAACUUCCAUGACGUAACUAAUGUUCAGUACUUGAAUGUCGAGUCAGCUCCAUUGAAGAAUUUCCCGAAUCACAAUUUGGACAUAGGACCAGAUUCAUCUAGGCUGGCCUAUGUGAUUUACACCUCGGGAACCACAGGUGUGCCAAAGGGAGUAGCUGUCAGCCAGAAGAACAUUGUCAGCAACGUCAUCUAUCUUGCAUCUAUAUAUCCUUCUGCCCAUAAGAAGUCUCCUCGGCUACUGCAAGCUUGCUCCCAAGCAUUUGAUGUCUCAGUGUUCGAGAUAUUCUUCGCUUGGCACGCUGGCAUGUGUCUCUGCGCCGCUGUUAACGACGAUUUAUUUGAAGACUUGGAGCAUUCGAUUCGCCAGUUCGAGAUAACGCAUCUGAGCUUGACGCCUACGGUGGCAUCGCUGAUCGACCCGAGAAACGUACCUGGUGUAGAGUUUCUUGUUACAGCGGGAGAGCCUAUGACUCAGUCAGUUCUCGAUACGUGGGGAGAUUUACUUUGGCAAGGAUACGGACCAUCAGAGACAACAAAUAUCUGCAGCGUCAAGAAGAUGAAGCGUGGUGAAUAUAUUGAACACCUAGGCUGGUGUUUCCCCAACACGUCAGUGUUUGUGCUCUACCCAGACAGCCUUUCAACGGUUCCAAUUGGCUGGAUCGGAGAGUUUUGCUUUGGUGGAGAACAAGUGGCUGAUGGGUAUCUCAAUAUGCCGAAUCUGACUGCAGAGAAGUUUAUCAAGCACCCUGCAUAUGGCCUGAUUUAUCGUUCUGGUGAUAUGGGGAGAAUGCUUCCGGACAAAUCACUAAUCAUACUGGGCCGAAUCGAUGACCAGCUCAAACUAAGGGGUCAAAGAAUUGAGGCUAGCGAAGUCAAUAGCGUGAUUACUUUGAACUCAUCUGUCCACGCUGCGGUAACUUCAAUAUUGAAGAGAGACAAAGAAGCAGCGGACCAACUUGUUUCGUUCUAUACUAUUUCACACAAGACAAGCGACGAAAGAUGUGAAGCCUUAAAGCCAGAUACCGAGACUCAUAGCUCUUUAUUCUUCGCCCUACUGUCAAAACUACCGUCUUAUAUGGUGCCUUCAUACAUCAUACCCAUAUCACGCAUACCACUCACAUCUAGCGGAAAAGUCGACCGACGAAAACUGCAGUCUUGCUUCGAUAAUCUGUCCCAAGAGUACCUUGAGAGGGUUUCUAGUACCAUUGUAACUGAAGAUGUUGCCGAAUGGAGCAAGGCGGAAACUAUGAUAGCAGACGUCAUCGCUCAAUCUUUAGGAGUGUCUAGAGUUGACAUUGGUCGAUGGACGCCAUUUGUGACAAUUGGAUUAGACUCUAUAUCUGCAAUAGGCGUAUCUCGCGCCUUCAACUCCCAGCUAGAUCGCCGGGUUCCUAUUUCGGCAAUUCUACAGAACUCUUCUGUUGCGCAGCUUGCUCGCUUUCUUGAGGAGAGGCCAGAGACAGACCAUUCAAAGCAACAGGUGGAGUUUUUUUCCGAAUCGUUUGUAGAAGAGGUUCACAAAGCUUUUCGACAAGAACCUUAUUCUAUUGCUGAAGUACUACCGUGCUCUCCCCUUCAAGAAGCAAUGCUGGCUCAAAGACAUGGUAGCUAUUACAAUAGAAUUCUUCUUCGACUCCAUGGCCCUGUUGACGAGAUGAGGCUCUAUUGGGAUGAGAUGACUAGACGCCAUAGCAUUCUCAGAACGUGCUUCAUCACCACUGAUAACGUCAAGUUUCCAAUCGCUCAAGUGGUUUUGGGUAAUUGGGUUGCUCAGUGGAAGGAAUUUAUGAACGAUGAUUCUUCUCCUGAUGGGGCUGUUCAAGAGCAUUUGGCCAGCCUUCCCGAUCCCUUGGAUACCAAGGUGCCACCGGUAUCCUUUGCUAUUAUAAAGCAACAGCAGUCGGUGUAUCUAUCCUUCGUAUGCCACCACGCGCUCUACGAUGGCGUGGCAAUGGAAAACCUUUGGAGAGAGGUGGAGUCUUUAGCGCAUGGCAAGACGCUGCUUCCUCCUGUUUCCUACUUACCCUUUCUUCAAGAGGCGCGUAGCUUGCCUGAAGACACCGAAAGGUUUUGGGAAACUCAUUUCCGAGGAUACUCACCUUUCACUCUCUUCAACAAGUCGCCAAGGAUCCAGAGCGCUCAGGGUACGCAUGAGGAUACUCUACACGCAUCGUAUAGUGAGACAAAAGAUCGGCUUAGAACCCUUGGGGUGUCUUUACUGUCCGUGUGUCAGGCCGCUUGGGCAGAUGUGCUUGCACUUUGCUCAAAUUCUACAGACAUCUGCUUCGGGCUGGUGAUGAAUGGCCGCAGUCUGGAUAUCGAAGGUCUGGAUAGACUAGUUGCACCUUGCUUUAACACGAUUCCCGUCAGGCAAGAUGUUUCCACCUUUUCUCGCAGCAUUGACCUCGUCAAGUCAUUUCAACAGCUCAAUUCUGACUUCCAGCGUUUUCAAUUCUCGCCUCUAAGGUCUAUUCAGAAACUCGUCACAAAGCAAGGCUUGGGGCUCUUCGAUACGUUGUUGCUCCUUCAAAAUCCAUCACACGAUAUGGACGUCGAUAUAUGGUCUCUAGAAGAAGAUUAUGGCGAGAUGGAUAUUCCGAUUGUCUGUGAGGUUAUUCCUCGCCCAAGUCUGAACUCGCUGGAUGUCAAUAUGCAUUAUGACAAGAGCGCAGUGAGCGCAGACCUUGCAUUGGCAUUAACCGAUAUCUUCAAACUGUUUUUCCGAGCCAUUUUAGACCACCCUGCGUCAGCUAUACCGAGUAAAAACGAUAUACAGACUUCUCAUUUAUCCACAUUGAAUGAGAUCGACAUAAGAAGAAGCACGCGUGUAGCUCUAGUAGAAGAUCACCACAUCGAUGCGAAAUGGACUGAACUGCAGACAAAGAUUCGUCAGGUUCUUUCAAGUCUCUCGGAAACUCCGAUUCAAAAGAUUCGUCAUGAAACAAGCAUAUUCCAACUUGGACUGGACAGCAUCAAUGCAGUUCAAGUAGCGUCAAAGCUUCGCAAGAAGGGCCUUGCGGUGUCGGCUUCCGAUGUCAUUGAGUGCCAAAACUGUGCUCGAUUGGCGGAGAGGAUAUCUGAAGCCAUCAACGGCGAGAAAGUGACGCCUGGCUACGAUUUUGACAAAUUUUCGAAAGACGUAUCCGCUCAAUUAGCGCACACGACAUUGGAUACUGCGGCUUUGGAAGCCAUUCUUCCUAGUACUCCUCUCCAGUGCGCUAUGCUUGCUUCUUUUGUUCAAUCUCAAGGGCAGAAUUAUCUGAAUCUAUUGUCCUACGAAGUUGACAAAAACAUCUCAAAGAGUGAUUUGACUAAAGCUUGGACGUCUCUCCAAGAUCAACAUCCUAUGCUUCGUACUGGAUUUGUUGCUAUCCAGAAUCCGCAUAGCUCGUUUGCAAUGCUAAGAUAUCCCUUUGCGUCGGAAACACUCAACUCGACUAAUGUUGUGUCUGAUUUGGCAUCGGAUGAUGACUUAUUCAAUUGGAAAGCAGAGCAAUCAACAAUAAUCUUGAACAAUUUCCAUUUACCGCCCUGGAGAGUUGUACUGGCGGAGCAUGAUGGCAAACUGAUCAUGAAUAUCCUGAUACAUCACGCUCUCUACGAUGCGCAUUCGCUGGAUCAGAUGCUAGUACAUCUAUCUGAGCUCCUAGAAAGACCAAAUGCCCACUCUAUCCAGCCCAUAGAGCCUGCACUGGCAGAAAUUCUAUCCAGAAGCAUCAGUCAUCAAAGCGAUGCGCAGAACUUCUGGCAAAGCAAAGCUGAAAGCACAGUAGUGAAUACUUUUCCUGUGAUGACACCACUUCGAGAGGAUACAAGAGUUAUGAUUUCGCAUGAACUCAAGUCUGAUAUGGCGCUAUCAAAGUUGCAAAUGGCGGUUAAGCAGCAGAAUGUAUCAGUCCAGGCGAUUAUCCAAGCGGCGUGGACGCGAAUUCUCGCUGCAUAUCUGGGCGAAGACUCUAUUGUGUUCGGAGUAACUCUAUCCGGACGAGAUCUAGAUGAGACGCAGGAUGCACCAUUCCCUUGUAUGAAUACGAUUCCUGUUGUUGCUUCAAAUUUACCGUCGAAUGCUCAAUUAACCCGCUCCAUGAUGGAAUACAAUAUCGACGCAUAUAGGCACCAAUAUGCUCCCCUCUCUCAGAUCCAAAAGUGGCUGAGUCACCCUGCAAGACCUGUAUUUGAUACGAUUCUGGUUUACCAGAAGUUGGGUAAGGAGCCUUCUGACCCUCGAUGUUGGAAGCUUGUUGGCGAUCAUGCGACUGUCGACUAUCCAGUGUCUCUGGAGGUAAUACCUACUUAUAACGACGAGAUUCGACUUUGCAUCACAUUCUUCAGCGACGUUUUGCCAGAGGAGCAGGCGAGUUUAUUGAUCAAACAGUUUGAUGCGAUGAUGAAUCACAUUGUUACUGAACCGGAAGGCGAUGAAAAUGGCAUCUACAAAUCGAAGCCGGAUCUAUUUGCUAUAACUCCGGCUGUAUCGCUAGAACUGCCUGCGCCUGUGCGCUUUUUGCACCAUUUUGUCGAAGAAAGAGCUUUGUCUCAUCCGCAUGAUAUUGCUCUUGAGUUUGUCGCAAACUUUGAUGGCUCACGUCCUGUGAAGCAGGUGUGGUCUUACGCUGAAUUUGACGAGAUGGGUAAUAGAGUAGCCAACUUGCUGAGUGACAUUGCAGCCGUUGGAAGCAUUGUUGCAAUUCAUUUUGAGAAAUGCCCAGAGGCCUAUUUUUCCAUUCUUGGGAUAUUGAAAGCUGGCUGUGCUUUUGUGGCGCUGGACCCCAGUGCCCCUAAAGAUCGGAAGAAGUUUAUUCUGAGUGAUUCCAUGGCACCUUGUCUUCUUAAGACCUCUGGAAGUGAAAUCGAUUUUGAUACAGACGCAAGGAUUAUCAGUAUCGAUCUGGAAUCUAUACAGCAUUUGUCUGCUGAGAAAAGGGAAUUAGAUCCGCAAAUCACACCAGAUGCGGCGUGUUAUUGUUUGUAUACCUCGGGCACAACAGGGACGCCAAAAGGAUGCGAGAUCACGCAUGACAAUAGCGUGCAGGCAAUGAUGGCCUUUCAAGAAUUGUUCAAAGGACAUUGGAGCGACGAUUCUAGAUGGCUGCAGUUCGCUGCCCUUCACUUUGAUGUCUCUGUGUUGGAACAAUACUGGAGUUGGUCGGUCGGAAUAACUGUCGUUGCAGCACCGAGAGACCUCAUUCUCGAUGACUUGAUUGCGUCAAUCAACAAUCUCGAGAUUACACACAUUGAUCUGACGCCUAGUCUAGCUCGCCUUACACAUCCGGAUGAGGUGCCGGGCUUGUGCAAAGGAGUCUUUAUUACUGGCGGCGAGCAGCUCAAGCAGGAAAUCCUAGAUGCCUGGGGGCCAAAGUCUGUCAUAUACAAUGCGUAUGGCCCAACGGAAGCAACAAUUGGUGUGACCAUGUACCAAAGAGUUCCCAUCAAUGGACGUCCUAGCAAUAUUGGACAGCAAUUUCUCAAUGUUGGCUCUUACGUAUUCCGCAAGGGGACAGAAAUCCCUGUGCUGCGUGGUGCUGUUGGAGAGCUUUGCGUCUCUGGAAGGCUCGUUGGUAAAGGUUACCUCAACCGUGAGGAACUUACUGAAGAGAGAUUUCCUAUACUUUCAGAAUUUGGCGAGAGAAUCUAUCGGACGGGUGACCUUGUGCGAAUUCUUCAUGAUGGCUGCUUUGACUUUCUUGGACGAGCGGACGAUCAAGUUAAGCUCCGUGGGCAACGUUUGGAGAUUGGCGAGAUUAAUCAUGUCAUUCGCACUGGUGUUUCGGAGGUGAAAGAUGCUGCAACAAUUGUCAUUAAGCAUGCGUCUAGUGGUAAAGAUGUGCUGGUGUCGUUCUUGGUUGACGAGCAACAGCCCAAAGCAGUCCUGGCUCCACUGACGGAUGUUGACAAUCUCGGUAUGAAAGCCAAAGAGGCAUGCCGAGCAAAGCUUCCAGGCUACAUGGUUCCUACAUAUUUCUUGGUUCUGCCAUUUAUCCCACUAUCUCCCAAUAACAAGGUCGAGGCGAAGGAGCUGAAGAAGCUUUUCAAUAGCUUAUCGCACGAGCAGCUGAUGGAUUUGACUACGUCCAAGGCAACGAUUCGAUCUAUCAAUAGCGAAGAGAGUCGAAAAAUAGUCAAAGUUAUAUCUAGUUUUACUGAUAUAGAUCCGGACAACAUUGAUGGAGAUACGAGUAUCUUCGAUCUUGGAGUCGAUUCCAUCAGCGCUUUACAGCUAUCGGCAGCGUUCAGGAAUUACGGAUUUGCAGCAUGCUCGCCUGCUGCUUUACUGCAAAAUCACAUUAUCGCAGACUUGAUUACGGCUCUGUAUGAGAAACCACCCAUCUCACAAGAAGACAGCCGUGUGAAAGAAUCGCGGCAGUUGAUACAGGCAUAUCAUCACAGAUACCGAGCAUUUGUCUGUAGCGUUCUUGGUGUACCAGGAGACGAUAUAGAGUACAUUGCGCCUUGUUCUGCUCUUCAGCAGGGUAUCAUCUCAAAAUCGAUUACGGAUGAAGUUCGUGGCACAUAUUUCAACUCUUUCGUGUUCCAUCUUGGUAGCGGCGUUGCGGACGAACAGUUGAAGGCUGCUUGGACCCAACUAGUCGCAUCUCAGUCAAUUUUGCGAACAGCAUUUAUUAAAACUGCAGAAGGCUACAUUCAAGCUUCGCGGAAAGCUCCAAUUCUGCGCUGGAUCGAAGAGGUUGUGGGAGAUGACGGGAAUGGUUUCCUGGACAGUCAUUGGGAAGAUUGGGUUCAGCGAAAUAGUGAACAUGUUAUCACUCCAGUUGAGGUGCUCUUAGUGAGGGGCCCGGGAUUCAAGAAAUUUGUUGUUCGUAUCUUCCACGCAGUAUACGAUGGAAGCAGCUUCGAGUUGAUGUUACGGCAGCUACAAGCUUUCUACUCUAGAAAAUCUAUGACUUCUUCUGCUCCGUCGUUUCUAGAGGCGUUGUCUCAUGGUCCGCUGUGGCGGCACGAUAAUUGCCGCGAAUUCUGGCAAAGUCAUCUUCUUGGUUGGGAUGAUGAUUCAACCCUUCAACUUUCUUCCGCGCACAUUGAAGCAGCCUCUCAACUACGAGUCAUUGACGGCGCUGGAUUAGAGACCAUCCGAAAGAAGCACAGAGUCACUUUACAACCCGUCAUAAUGGCAUUGUGGACAUCUGUGAUUCAAAAACAUUUUUAUGGAGGGUUGACUACUGGUAUCAUUGUUUCAGGGAGAUCAAUUGAUCUUGCUGGUAUCGAAAAUACAAUAGGACCGCUUUUCAACACACUGCCAUUUUUCAACAAGACGCUGAGUGGCCACUCAUGGACGUCGCUCAUCCGCAAAUGCAGCGAUUUCAGCACGGCAAUUUUGCCGUUUCAACAUGUUCCGCUGAAAAGUAUACAGAAAUGGUGUUCUGGUGGGCGCCAGCUAUUCGACAACCUCUUUGUCUAUGAGGUAGAGCAGCAGGCGGCGGGUGAUGAGCUUGAGCUAUGGAGAGUAGAAGAUGGAGCUCUAAAUCCUGAUUACCCAUUGGCGCUGGAAGCAAAAAAGCUACUCAAUGGCGAUAUUCAGCUGACUCUUGUCGCACAGGGGCAUGUAGCGGAUGUUUCAAUGCUACAGGAAUUGUUGGACGAAAUUGAAGAGAACCUGGCUCUCUUGUCCAUAGAUGCGACAUUUCCUCAGCUUAUGGGCAAUGGCAUCGCAGUAUCGGUAAAACAAAAUGGGGUUGCCCAUUCAAAUACUGAAGCUCAUAAGCAGCAGGUGGAGUGGACUGAUCAAGCGCUUCGAAUCAGAGAUGAGAUUGCUUCGCUUUCCGGCAUUGACGCUCUUGAAGUCUCGAUGGCAGGUACAAUUCUCGAGCUUGGCUUGGACAGUAUUGAUGUCAUCCAACUUUCUGCCAGACUCAAACAAAAGAGUAUAUCGCUUUCUGCCUCUUCAAUUAUGCGUCAGCAGACUAUUGCAAAAAUGGCAUCUUGUAUCGAAGCCCAGCCAUCCAGCGAGUUGCCAGAAUCGGUUACAGAUGUGAGAUUCCAAAGUGUUGAACAGAAACUGUGGGCUUAUGCUCGAAAUGCCGGCCUGGAUGUAGACGGUAUAGAGGCCCUACUACCACCAACUCCUCUCCAAGAAUCUAUGGCUGCUGGAAUGAUACAUUCUGACUUUGAGUGGUAUUUCAACCACGACUUGCUGGAAAUCAGAGCCGGAGUGGAUGCGAAGAGGCUUCAAGAGGCGUUUGUCCAAGUUAUCAGCCAAUCGCCUAUUCUUCGAACUGGAUUUCUUGAAGUGGAUGAUUUGCAGCUCGAUAUGGGAUACUGCCAAAUUGUGCAUAAGCACUGGAAUAAUGAGAUCGAGCAUGUUGAGGUGGAAGACCUGAUUGAAGUCGGCAAUCUCAUUGAGAAUGCGAAGAAGAUGUGUAAGGCUAAAAACGGAACUGAUGCUCUCGUCCAGCUCAAGUUCGUGAGUUGUAAAGAGCGGACAUUUGUUCUCAUUUCGAUUGCGCAUGCUCUGUAUGACGGGUGGUCUCUGAGUCUUCUUUAUCGGGAUCUCGAAUCGGCCUUUUACGGAAAGCUACAAAUGAGAACAUCUGGGAAAGCUUUUCUUGAAAGAGUACUUGCUUCAGCUACAGAAGCAGGUGAUCGAUUUUGGGCUGGGUAUCUCGAUGGUGUUGCGCCCUCGACUCUUCCAGAGCUACGGGAAGAUGGCGUGGAAGACAAGCUGCAUCGAAUGGAAUAUUCUUCGAAAAAGCCUGCGGCUGAUAUCCUAUCAUUCUGCAAGAAACAGGGCAUCAGUCUGCAAGUGUUGUGCCAAGCCUGCUGGGCGCUUGUACUAGCUCAUCGGAUAAAAGCCCUCGAUGUCACGUUCGGCGUUGUAAUGUCUGGACGAGACUUUGAAGGGGCUGAAGAUUUGAUGUUCCCUACUAUCAACACUGUGCCUCUCAGGUGUAUUCUUUAUGGAAGCUCUGUAUCAUUUUUAAGAUAUCUCGAGGCCAACAUGGCGGAUAUCCGGGCUCAUCAAGCGUACCCGCUAAGGAAGAUUCAAAAUGCGAUACAGCUAUCAAGCGGUGAAUUGUUCAAUACGCUUUUCAUGCUUCAAAAAUCUCCAUAUAGCUCGUCUGAAGAACCACUGCUAAGGUCUGUCGACGGUGCAUCGGCAGUUGACUAUCCUAUCAGCGUUGAAGCCGAGGUUGUGGAUGAUGUUCUAGUCUGGCGAACAGCUUGUCAGUCCAAACAUAUUUCUGAAGACGGCUCUGGGCAAUUACUCGAUGAUUUGAACCAUGUUCUUGAGUUUCUGACAGGCUCGGGUGAGCGCGAGAUCCUCUCUUUUCAAGACAUUGGUGUUUCAAUCGGUGGACUGCCAUAUAUCCACAUCCCGACAACAGAGGAUAUUGUGCAGAAUGGUAACGGCGAAGACAAGAGUAAAUCUGCGAACUACGGGCAACAAGAACUUGACGAAACUACAUUGGUGGUUCGGAAGGUACUUAGCUACGUGUCGGAUAUUCCAGAAGACUCUAUCAGACCCGAGAGCAGUCUUUAUCACCUGGGUCUGGACUCCAUUAGUGCAAUCAAGGUAUCGUCUCUCUUGCGCAAGGAGGGUAUAUAUAUAAAUCCCAGAGAUCUCAUCAGAGCCACAAGCAUUAGCCAAAUGGGUCAACUUGCUACCCCUCUUCUAACAAACGGCGAUCGUCCUAAGCCCAAAGAAUUGGCGUGGACUCCUGCGGAAGACGUUGACGUCAAAAUGCUUCUUGCUGGCGCUCAUAUCUCGAAUGAAGAUGUCGAGGCGGUACUACCAGCGCUGCCUAUGCAAGUCUACAUGAUCAGUGCGUGGAAAAAUGCAGAGGGUAGUGUCUUUUAUCCGGAGUUUAGGUACAUUGUCAAAGGAGUUUUUAGUGAGCAGGAUGUCACUUUGGCCUGGAAACAAUUGGUUGCUCGAACACCAAUUCUACGGACGAUCUUCAUUGCGACUAACUCGCCUCAGCAACCAUUCUUGCAGCUUAUUCUCAAGCCUGGCUGCCAGCCUGUUGAUGCUGCAGUCAAACCGAUGGUGCAACUCCAUGUUGUCGUCCUAGAAGGAGAAACUGGCAACCAAAUAGCCAUUAGGCUGAAAAUCCACCACGCUCUCUACGAUGGAGUUAGCAUUCAAGAAAUACUAAAUCGGUUAUCAAAACUUAUUAGAGGGCACACGAUUGAACACGAAGAGAGUAUUGCAGAAUGGUCUAGGUAUACUGUUCAGCCAACACUGGAAGACUCUCAACAAUCACGCAGAGCUUUUUGGACAGCAUAUCUGAGUGGCUGCUCAACAGACGGUGACUAUUCAGCCCCAGUUAUGGCAGGCAAACGACGAGUAUCGCAUCUACAGCGAUCUGCAGUAUCAGACAUCACACAUCUGCUUACAGCGGCGAAGGAAAGGGGCAUCAGUUUGCAAGCACUCUUCUUCGCCGCAUACGCCAAAACUCUUGCACUAGAGAGCGGCGGAAGUGUACACGACGAGAGCAAAAAGACUAUCGUGUUCGGCAUUUACCUUGCUAAUCGAUCUGAUGAGGCUCUUCGGUCGAUAUAUCCCACCCUAAGCCUUGUUCCUUUGAGAGUUGAAGUGGCGCGCGACGACCCUCUUCUGGAAGUUGCUAGUUCGAUACAAGACGAUAUUCACCUUGUAUCUACAGAGGGUCGUGCAUAUGUGGGUUUGUGGGAAGUGGCUGCGUGGACGGGCGUUAGGGUGACUUCUUUUGUCAACUUCCUCAGCCUUCCUGGUGUUUCGUCCGAGAUACCGAAUGGAGAUUCGGCGGAUGUUGAGCUUGUACCACUACAAAGUGAAGAUGAUGUUCUAGGACUUUUGGUGUACGGAAACGAUGAAGAGCAACUUUCUCAUCCUUGCAUAUUGAAGAAUCCUGUUAGAGAUGCAUUCCCAGCCGCAAUAGAUAUCGAAGCCUCUAUACAGGGAAAGAGUUUAGACAUUGGCGUAUUUGGAUCUCAAGAACGGCUAUCAGACAUGGGAGCCAUAGGGCUAGUCGCGAGUAUUAUUUCUCACUUGGCGCAGACAGGUGAUGGAGAUGAUGUAGAGAUGGCAGCGUGGGCUUCGUCUUGGGAGAUUAGAAGUAUCAGAUAG